AUGAACCUCGCCGAGACAACAGUUGGUCCUAUUCUACUUGGCAUUUUUGGUGAGGAAUUCUUAGCAGAGGUAUUCAACGACACACUAUGGAUUAGCGUUUCGUUGAUGUACCUCGCCUGGGCAUACACCAUGCAAGACACUCGUAGGAUCCCGAUGUAUUUACUGAAACCAUUCUGGCCAUACAUCUCAUCGGCAUUCGUGACGACCGUUACGGCUUGCUUGACGCAAAUAUAUUUAGCGGAUAGAAUUCUACGCAUCAAGAAGAGCGUCAGACUGUACAUCCUCGUGUUAAUUCUAUCUGCAUGCGCGUUUAUCGCUGGGAUCGUGUUCGCUGUCAAAGCAUGUCUUAGCAGAAUGUACGGCUGUUCAAAAUAUUCCGGCUACCCUCUAACACCCCCAUGGCGAUGGAUAACCAGGACGGGGUCCCAGAGAUCGGAUAAAGUCAUUAAACGACUUAUGCAGACGACGAUUCAGUCGGUGCUCUUCGUCGCGUACCAGGAGGCUCAGUACUGCAGCAUUUUUGGCAUUUCUAUUGGUCGUCUGUAUACCAAUACACUGAUGGACACCCUCCGUUGCCGAAAAAAGCUCCGAGAAAUGCUCACCUUUCCAGGUGAUUCCAUGGAUCUCAUGACCAAGCGCGGAAAUAAAAGCUUUGAGCUUUACGUGCGCAAGGAGAUACUGACGGAUGUUCACGUUGAUGAUUUAGAUUUGUCACCGCCAAAACCUCUGGACGCCUUGAAUUCGGAAACGGCGAGUAGAAAUGAUACGGAGCUCGAGCCCACUUUGAAUUGUACACUCGCCGCCGCCGCCACCGCCAAACCACGUUGGUAA